AUGUCCGCGGAGGUCGACGACGUAGAAGAGGAACUGCGUUACUGCACGUCCUCCAUCCAGAUCGAUUUUGACGGCGAGAAAUCCAUCCGAAGCGUCAUCACGUAUGAUUCCGAGCACUCCAUUCCAUCUCGCCCAUCCUCAGUGAUCCACGAGUAUUUUGAUCCCAACUAUGAUACUACCGCUACGUGGAUAGAGGACGAUUCCCCCUACCCCGAGGUCCGCUCAGCAGUCGCUAACUUCGAUGACCCGAACAUGCCUGUUGCGACGCUCCGAUCAUGGUUGUUCGGGAUAAUGUGGGCGAUUCUCCUCCCAGGUAUCAACCAGUUCUACUACUUUCGAUAUCCCUCCUUGACCGUCACCGGGAUUGUCGCGCAACUGUUGACGUUUCCCCUCGGCCGGUUGUGGGCGCGUUUUGUACCACGGAUAAAGGUGUUUGGGUUAUCCCUCAAUCCCGGGCCGUUCAAUAUCAAGGAGCAUGUUUUGGUCACUAUCAUGGCAGGUGUUGCGGCCCAAACCGCGUAUGCUACCGACGUCGUUGCUGUUCAGAGAGUCUGGUAUCACCAACGUCCGAACUUCAUCUAUCAAUGGAUGUUGGUAAUAUCAACGCAGCUUAUUGGUUUCUCUGUCGGAGGCCUAGCACGCCGAAUGCUCGUCGAACCGCCAUCAAUGAUCUGGCCAAAUACUCUGGUCUCUUGCGCGCUAUUCAACACUCUGCAUUCCCAAUCUUACGCCGGUAUUGGUGGACGUGAUGGGAUCAGUCGGGAGCGCUUCUUCGCGUACGCGUUCAUCACCGCCAUGCUGUGGUACCUCUUUCCUGGAUAUUUGUUCCAAGCAUUGAGUACAUUUACCUGGGGAUGCUGGAUUGCCCCCAACAACCGCACUGUCAACACGCUAUUUGGAUAUCACAGCGGCCUUGGAUUCUCUCUCCUUACAUUCGACUGGAAUCAAAUUUCUUUCAUCGGUAGCCCACUUGCGACACCUUGGUGGGCAGAGGCGAAUAUUAUUGCUGGAUUUCUAUUUUUCUACUGGUUUUUGGCACCCAUCCUAUAUUUUUGCAAUGUUUGGUACAGCCAGUAUAUGCCAAUAUCGUCUCUAUCGCCAUACGACAAUCAAGGCAACACGUACAAUCUCACUCGAGUACUCAACGCCGACUCCACGUUCAACGUGACCAGCUAUGGAUCGUACAGCCCGCUGUACCUCCCGAUGAACUACGCGAUCGCUUACGGGUUGUCGUUCGCGUCUAUCACUGCGCUGAUUGUGCAUUCCGUCCUGUAUUUCGGACGGCCCAUCGCAGCCCAGCUACGACGUCGGGCGUCAGAUCAGACGGAUAUCCAUCAACGGUUGAUGUCUGUAUACAGCAAAGUGCCGGAGUGGUGGUAUGCAUGUAUACUGUUGGUCACAUUUCUGUUCGGCUGCCUGUGCAUCAAACUUUGGCCAACUGAGAUGACUAUCUGGGCGUUUGUCAUCGCACUGCUGAUCGCUCUGGUGUACAUUGUUCCAAUAGGGAUGAUUCAAGCCGUGACGAACCAGCAGCUAGGAAUAAAUGUCAUUUCGGAGCUUAUCAUCGGCUACAUGCUUCCUGGACGACCUAUCGCACUUAUGAUGUUCAAGACAUGGGCCUAUAUCACGAUGGCGCAGGCAAUGAUCUUCACCGCUGAUAUGAAACUUGGCCACUACAUGAAGAUACCCCCACGAUCCAUGUUCUGGGCUCAGGUCGUCGCCACGAUUGUCGCGGGAACUGUGCAACUGGGAGUCCAAUCAUGGAUGUUUACGAAUAUACCGGAUUUAUGUUUACAAGCGCAGCACGAGAUGACGGGAUUUACAUGUCCAAACACCGAGGUUUUCGGUACCGCUUCUGUAGUUUGGGGAGUGAUCGGCCCGUCUCGACAAUUUUCUCGAGGUCGAUUAUAUCAUCCAUUAUUGUAUUUCUUCAUCGUUGGCGCUGCUUGUCCCCUCAUUGUGUGGGGAUUCAGUUUCAAAUACCCCAAUUCCUUCCUAAAUUAUGUCAACUUCCCCCUUAUUUUUGCAGGUCUCGGUGUGGCACCCCCGGCGACUGCUGUCAAUUACGUUCCGUGGGCCAUCAUUGGGUUCAUCUUCCAGUACGUUGUUAGAAGAAGAUACUUUCCCUUUUGGGCAAAGUACAACUAUGUACUGUCUGCAGCACUCGAUGCAGGAACAACCGUGUCGACGGUUCUUGUGUUCUUCUGCUUACAAUAUCCUGAUAACGGGAAUAUCGGACUGACCACCAUCCAGCAGUGGUGGGGAAACACCGUUUUCAAGAACACUGCAGACUGGAACAGUUCAGCGCUCAGACCGCUGCUGGGCGACGAAAGGUUCGGACUUGAGGAGUGGUAG